CGUCGUUCAAGCUAGAGACCAUAAUUGAAGAACGAAGUACCAACCGAGUGAAACAACCAAGUUUCGGAACAAUCCAUAGUGACGAUUGAAAAGGGGAAAGCUUUUAUUCUCGACACUGCAUAGGCUAGGCGAAAUGCAACAAAUGGAAGUCAGCUAUCAAGUUGGGGGAAAAUGCAUCACUAUUUUGAGUGGAAUCUCAUUUAUCAGCCUUUUGAUAUCCUUCAAGCGUUGGCUCGUACACGGCCAACGAUCGGACGGUAAUUUCCAGCGACCUUCAAAAAGAAGAUCAAGGAUAAUCAUUGAAACACAUCAUGGAUCUCUGCUCGAUGCUCACCAAUUGAAGAUUGAAUCGACCAGGUUUCAGAUUUGCUAAAGAAGCGGCUUCGCUUUCAUCCAUUUGCUAUCUCCGAUCGGAGCAUUUGAAUCAAAGUCUAGGUGGACCUCCAAGGGUCUUUUAUAUGUUUGUUGCAUCAUUUGACGAGGCGCCAUCUCUCCGGCGCAACUGAUGAACGCACCAUAAUCUUCAGAUAAAGACACCCGUAGUAUCGCCUUGAAUCGUCAUUAAAGGAUGGUCAUCACUUAAUUGUAUA